AUUCUACAAAAGAAGCGCUUUUUUGUGAAGGAAUUAGGAAAAUAAAACAAUUUCGUAAAAUAAGUUCCUUUUAAAGGUCUACUUUGUUAACAAAUUAGAACUUAUAAAAAUGCUAUAACUUCGAAAAGCUCAAUCAUGGAAGAAGAAAAAUUGAUUCGUAAAAAGAAGAAGGCUUUAAACGGUAGCAACAAACGGGCCUAUGCUGAAGCCUGCAAUGAUUUAGCGACGUAUUAUUACAAGCAAACUCGGUACAGUGACGCUUUAGAUGAGUACAAAAAUGAGGCCUCAAUUUGUAAGGAACUCGGUCUUCGAAUGGAAUGGGGGACUUGUAAUAGGAUGAUAGGUGAAAUGUACAUGCUCAUGGCUGAGUUCGACAAGGCUCUGAAGUAUGAAGAGCGGCACUUAUCUGUAGCAAAAGAACUCGACAAUCUAGUGGAGGAGCAGAGAGCCAUGGCCACACUGGGAAGAAUAUAUUUAUUGCAAGGACAGAGUUCAGCUGACGAUGCAGAAUCCCAACAAUCACUGAUUGCUGCUGAGAAGGCUUUCAUGAAAAGCCUGGUGCUUUGUGAAAAAUUAAACGGCAAAGUAACAAAAACGGAGCUGAUGGAUAUGCGAGCCAGACUCCUACUCAACAUUGGUGUAGUACAAGAACACUUAGGCCAUUUAGAUAAAGCUAUAGAUUGCAUACACAAGGCUAUCACAAUAUGUACUAAUCAGGAUUUGUAUGAGAUUCUGCAUAACUGCUAUAUAACAGAAGCAUUAUUGCAUAAUAAUAAGAAGAAAGACUAUGCCACAGCUUUGAGCUGUUUGAAUAAGGCUUUGGAAGUUGCUAGCAGGCUUGAAGACAAGGUACUAAAAACGUGUGAAACACUGUCAGCAAAGGCGGAUAUAUUAUGUAAGAUGUCAGAUUACCAGAGCGCUAAACAAGUCCUCCUCAAGGCUUGGAAGCUUAAGACACCUGAUGAAGAGGAAAGGGAGAACAUUGAAUCAAAUCUUAAAGUUGUCGCAGCAAUGUGCUACACUGAAGACCUGCUAGUAUCGACGGAUCCAUCAGACCAUGUAACGUUUAAGAGGCUGUAUGAAAAGCUCGGAGAUGGGGCAUGUCAUCUGCGCAACUUUGCUGGUGCGGUGGAGUAUUACCACAAGAUGUUGGAUCAUGCCGAGUCGGCUGGGGACUGUGGGAAGACGUUGAUACCUAUUUAUGUGAGUUUAUAUCAAACAUACAAAGAUAUGGGAUGUUACUACGACGCGCUACGAUAUUACCACAAAGAGUAUGCACUCAUAAAGGAUGUCCCUAAAGAAGCUUAUACCACCCUGUACAAUAUAGCCGAAGUUUCGUUCCUAGCCAACAAGCCUUAUGAUCAAAUCGAGAAAGCCUGUCUUGAUGCUAGAAAUGCUGCAAAGGACUGGAACAAAAAGAAGUGUGAAGUAAGAAUACUAAAAAACCUUUUGAAAUAUCAAGAGGAAUAUGGUGAGCUGGACAAGAUGAAGGAAACAAAAUCUGAAUUAAAGGCAUUAGGAUAUGACGAUGGUGACAAUCUAGAACAUUAUUCAGAGGACGACCAGAGUUCUGCUGGUGGUGGGGAUGAAGAUACCACGCACAUUGGGGAUGACAUAUGCCUUGACGAUUUGACAGAUCUUUCGGAUACCAAUGAAGAAGAUGUGAGUGAAGCUAAGCGUGAAACAAGGAGGCGGGGCAAAGGAUUUGCUAUCAAGAAAAAUAUGAAGGGAGAGACACAGCUGCACAUUGCAUGUAUAUCCGGUAAUAAACUACUUGUAGAACGUCUAAUAGCUAAAGGUCAUCCAGUUAACAUAAGAGACAACGCCGGCUGGUCGCCAUUACACGAAGCCUGCAUACACGGUCAUAUUGAAAUUGUUAACAUACUGAUCGACAAUGGAGCCAAUAUUAACGAUCGUGGUGGUGUUAACUGUGAUGGUAUAACACCUCUAUAUGAUGCAGCAAGCAAUGGUCACUUGGAAGUAGUACAGUUAUUGCUAGAAAGGGGCGCCAUCCCAUCCUUAAAGACUGACUUUGGCGAAACACCCUUACAAGUGCUACACAAAUGGCGAACGGGUACCAUACUUACUAGAGACGAAGAAAUACUGUAUAAUAAUAUAUCAAACAAGAUUAACAAUAUAACUGAGAAAAAUAAUCCUAUAGAAUCAGUAUCAAAUAGGUCAAAAUCUAAAACCCCGGUUAAACAAAAUAUCAGAGAUAGAACACCUCCUAGCACGUCAAAAAUGAAUAGUAGUGUAAAAGAGUUGUAUUCACCGGCGUUCAAAAGGCGUAAUAUUAUUGAUAAUGAAAGUGAUGAUGAAAUAGAUGCAUCACAAAAUGUGAGAAAUCAAACUGCUUUUCCAUCUGAUGACUCGAACUCUUCUGAAGACGAUAGAACUGCCAAUAAAGAUAAAGACAAAAUGUCGAGUGUCAAAGAGUACAGAAAUGCUAUAUCUGCUCUAAGAAACAGAAAUAUAGAUUUGCCAGAAUCAGAUGUGGAAAAACCGAAAUCUAAACCAGCGUUGUUAGCCCCUGACGAAGUCGAUGAUGAUUGGUUAGAUGACGAUAUAGGUAUGAAUAAGGCGAAGAAACGAAAACUAAGUGAUCCAUUAACUGUCGUUGCCAGAAAAACAUCGAUUGAUAGUCUAAAAGACAGCAUAGAAAAUUUAAAUAAAAUAAGUCCUUUGACAGAUAAUAAUGGAAACUCGAAAAAGAAAUCCAGAUUCAAUGAAGUCAUUGAUGUGAGUGAAAACAGUUCUGAUUCCGAAUAUUUGCAGAGAAACGAAAACAUUUGUCCCCAAAAAACUGCCGAAUCCUUUAGAAAUAUAUCGACAGAAUUGAAUAGUUCUAAAAAGAAUGACACAAGAGAAAGUAUGAAGAGGCGAUGGAAACGGCAAAGUACGUUACUUAGAGCUGGUUUUCAAAGACGUAAAUCUGAAGUUGAACAAUCAAGUAAUAGUGGAAGUGAUAAUGAAGUUAGAGAAACUAAUAAAAGACCAACUAAAUCAUUUUCAAGACAUUCUUCAGCCGAGAGUUUUGGUUAUUCAAACUCCAAUGAUGGUUUCAAUAUAAUGCAGAAUAUUAAUCCUAAUAUAGUACAGCCAAUUAAUUUGAUACAACCUAUAAAUAUAGUGCAAUCGAAGAAUGGGAAGGCGAUGCAAACUCAAAUAAUGCCUCCCGCCGCGGUCAAAGUGAAGAUAGAAGAUAAAAUAUUGUUAAUAUCCCUGAAAUUGGACAUGAUAAACAAAUUGACAAUCAGCUGGCUGGUGGAAGAAGUGAAGUCGAGAUAUUACAAAUUAACGGGCGUGCGUCCAGUAUUCAGUCUAAUGACGUCAGACGGUGCAAUAUUGUCAGAGGAAGACCCGCUCAGUCUCGUCCUGUCUUCACCUGAACUGCAGACCUGUAUAACAACCUUCAAAGCCUCGCCCGCUGAGGAGAGAUACCUCGAGUGUUGCGACGCUUUGGAGAUUUCGCCGUCAGAAGAAAUUCAACAAGCCGUAGGGCGCAGUCAUACAACCCGACGCCUGGCGUUAGGCUCUGACACACUAUCCGCAUUACAUGUCCGCCCCUUAUUCCGCGCACUCACGCACCAAACGCACAUAACCGCACUAAUGAUACCACACAACAAUAUAGCUGACGACGCUAUGAAAUAUCUAACCGAAAGCAUAUGCACUAUGAAACAUUUAACUAUUUUGGACCUUAGUAAUAACAAUAUUACAGGAGAGGGGGUCAAAAUUUUGCUAAAUGCUUUCGAAAAAGCGACAAGACCUGUCUGCCAAGCGUUAGAAGACAUAGAUUUUAGUCACAACCCAAUUUCCGAUGAAGGUUUCAAAUCUAUAGCAAAAUUGACACAAUACUUAAAAAUUAAAGUUCUGAAGCUGAAUAAUUGUAAAAUAACUGAAAAUGCCAAUGAUUCAAGCAUAAAAGUAAACUUCGAUACGUUAGAGACGAUCGAUUUGAGUAAUAAUUCGAUUAAAUAUUCGACUGUUGCAUCGUUAAUGACAGUCUUAAAUCCGAAUGUGUUAACUGAUUUGGAGUUGGAUGAUGUUGGUGUGGAGGGCAGUGUCGUGGCGUGUGUGGCGGGCUUUAUGGACAAAGCGAAAGACUUGAAAAUAAGAAGAUUCAGCUUGUCGAAUUGUAAACUGGUGGAUGGACAGUUUAUGAGGAUAUUUAGAUCUCUUGGCCGCGCCAAACAUUUACAAUCAAUAACAUUAAAAGACAACAACCUAACGUUCAUCACUCUCAAGAAAUUACUGCAACGUCAGCCUCCAGUACCAAAAAUAAACCUCGAGGGUUGCCAGGACAUAUUCAAAUACUCCCCAGAUUCAGAUUUCCAAGUAUGGCUGCCCGCUAUAGACUUCAAAAGGUGUAUUCCAGAAAUAAAUGUCACCCCAGUACCAAAAACUGACGAAGAACGCGAAAGUUCCAAGUUAUUUUCGAAAACUUGGCUGAGUUGCUUCAAAGGGAGAGGCAUGAUUGAACAUUGUGAAGGUGGUGUCACUAAGUUUACAGCAAGAUAGUGGUGAUAAAUAUGUCACUUUUUGUAUAAUAUCGAUAAAAAUCACUUCAUUACCCUUAGGUUGAAUGCUACAAUUAACAAGGAAAUUGGGCAUAAAAAUGCCAUUAUGCGCAACGUACCGUGGUAGGCAGAGCUUACCAAAAACCACUCAAAAAUACCACCGAAGCCAGUAUGACCUUUUUUUAAUUCUCAUUUAGAGGACUGGGUCACUAAAUGCGACAAUGUGGCUCGCGUAGGUCUAGACUAUAAUUACAUGUCU